GGUGUUUCAUUUCUUUUCUAUUUCAUUGCUAUUUCUCUUUCGGUCUUCUCAUUUCCAAACUCUCUGUUUCAUUUCCAGAGUCUCUCCCUUGGAUUGUGAUUUCGCGUUAUCCUUUGUGUCUUGUCUUUCAAAUCUCAUCAAGUACUCCAGGAAACAGUCGAGGGAGUAAUUGGUGACAAAUCUCACCGUCUGGAGCGUGACCAAAUUGUUUCUGGCAUAGACUGGAGUGCAAAGUCAAACCAAAUUGUCACUGUAUCUCAUGACAGGAAUUCAUAUGUGUGGAACCAGGAAGGAACAGAAUGGGUACCAACACUUGUCAUCCUUAGGCUAAAUCGCGCUGCACUUUGUGUUCAGUGGAGCCCAAAAGAAAACAAAUUUGCUGUUGGAAGUGGUGCUAAAACUAUGUGCAUAUGCUAUUAUGAGCAAGAGAAUAACUGGCACUUUUAAAGUUCCUGCAGAUUAAGCAGGGUUCAGGCGCUCCAGCCUACGCCCACUGGGAUCUUUCUCGACAUGGGAUUUGCGGGCCUCAUGCAGGCGCUUUCUUGAGCGCUGGGCGCUUUUAAAGCGCCUGCAGAUUAAGCAGGGUUCAGGCGCUCCAGCCUACGCCCACUGGGAUCUUUCUCGAUAUGGGAUUUGCAGGCCUCAUGCAGGCGCUUCCUUGAGCGCUGGGCAGGGUUAUGCAGGCACACAAAAGCGCCUGCAAUGACCUCAUUUAUGCGCCAGCAAAACCUGUAACCUUUGUAGUGAUGGCUCAUGGCAAAGAAUGUUUGGUGGAGAUGAUGGCAAGGGAAAACUGAGCAACUCACGGGAAAGCUCAGCAAAGCUCCAAAAACUUGUUGAAGCAGCAAAUCCAAGCAAGAUGAAGCUGCAACAUUGAAGGAGGAGCUGAUCUGCUAAAGGAGAUCCUUUAGCAACAACAACAACAAACCAAACCAAAGCAUAAAGAACUGCAAAAUGGUAGAUUCCAAAUGCUUGGUUAAUGUCAUGUUAUCCUCAGCUUUAACACCAAGGAGUGUUGGAGUUGUGGUGUGAAAGCUGCACAAGAGGCAGCAAAUGAAAAGAAGGCUGCACAAGUGGCAGCAAAAGGAAAAGAAGGGAGAGCUGCACCAAAGCACGGUAGCAGCAAAGUGCAGCAAGCCAAGCUGCAAAUAUUGAUGAAAUGCUGCUGUAAUGAAAUGCAAAUGAGGCUGCAAAGUAGCAGCAAGUACAGCCACAUGAAGCUGCACAAGUGGCAGCAAAUGAAAGGAAAUGAAGCUCCACAAGUGGCAGCAAGUCUUUUAAUGUAAUCUUGGAUUAAAUGUAUUAGAUAAGUAUUAGGUGAGAAAAUUACCUUUAUGUACUAUGAAUUUCAAGGUCCAAAAGCCUGCCCCCCACCCUUGUUCCGCUACUACUCCGAUGAAGGGAGCUUGGAUAUCGUCUUCCCUGAUUGGGCAAAGGUGAACAUUAGGCCAUGGACGAAUGUGUUGAAGGACAUAAAAGAAGGUAGUAAGAGGAUUAACUGGAAAGACAGAGUGCCCUAUGCAUAUUGGAAAAGUAACCCAUACGUCGGUCGUGCCAGAGGAGAUCUUAUGAAGGGCACCGUCACUAACAAAAAAGAUAGGAAUGCUUGUUUAUACAUUAUGGAGUGGGGCAGAGAGAGAAGAUAUAGAUCCAGACAAUCAAAUCUCCAAGACCAAUGCACCCACAGGCAAAUUAAUCUCAGUUAUCUCCUUCUAAUUGUCCACUUGCCCAAACUUGCGUUGCACUAUUGGCCCAUUAGAGAUGAUACCAAGUGCGCCUCUCUAAAGUUUUCCGUUGAAUGGGGCAACACUCAUCCUGAUAAGGUAGAGUUCAUCCAAAAGGCCACUGUCAAGCUCUUCUUAAAAGAGUUGAAGAUAGAUUAUGGGUUCGAUUACAUGUUUCAUUUGUUAAAUAAGUAUGCGAAACUGCCCAAAUUCAGGCCAGAAGUUCCAGAGGGAGCGGUCGAGCUUUGUCUAGAAGGAAUGGCGUGUCCUGAAACUCGAAGUUGGAGGAAAUUUAUGGAGGAGUCAUUGGUGACAUCUCCUAGCGAUACGGUUCCAUGCACCUUGCCUCCAUCUUACAGUGUGACAGUGAUGCGAGAAUUUUUUGAAAGGAAAACUAACGCAACCAAGCAAGUGGAGAUGUGGGAAACUGAAUAUUGGAGCGCAAUCCUAAAUGUCACUGAAAGCAAUAGAACAGGGGGAUAUUGAAAAUGAAGCAGGGAAGAAACAAACCAAUUGUCCUGAUUCAAGGACCUUGUUUUCUUCAAACAGACUGAGUCUAAGAUUGUUUUGGGGCCUCUUCCUCAUUGUCGGGGUGACUGGAGUACUAGCUCGUUUACUUUGACCCUGGAAUUUCAGUUUGGAA